CCUGCCUCGUCACCCGUAGCCCAUAUUCCAGUUCGCGUUUGUUGCCCGUGAAGGAUGCCUUCUGCCAACCCUAAACAGGCCACGGAGGCCGAAGAUCCGAUACGCCAAGCGAUCAAGGUGAUCGAGCACAAAAUAAGAAAUUUGGAAAAGCGGAAGACCAAACUAGAGACGUACAAGGGAAUACAAGAUAGCGGCAAGGAAUUGAAUCAGGAUCAGAAAACGGCAGUUGCCAAAUACGACGAAGUAUUGCAGACCUUGGAUAUAACUAGAGAGCUCUUUAAGGGUGUUGUCUCCAUUGCCAAUGACUUUGCCAAACAACAAAAGAAAUUGGCGCGGAAGGAGGCGCUUGAGAGAACGCAGCAAGACAUCGCUAAGGUGCGCGAAGUUUUGCUCGUUCAAGAUAUUUUGAUAAAUAUGGGUGCGGACACGGCUCGCGAUGAUUUUCUUAACGGUACGAACGGUGCACCGAAGUUGACAGACGAUGAUCUCAAGACGCUCGAUGAUUUGUAUAACGAAUUAACAGCAAAACGGCAAACGGAAGCUGGGGAACCACCAUUCGCCCAGUCGUUACAAAAGUCUGCUGAACAUUUUGUUGCUAUUAUCGAUGGCAAACAAAAAGAAUUCGUCGGCACCACGUAUCUCAAAAUCAAGGAGCUCUUCACGACCAUCAAUUCGUCUGGUUACUUCGAUCAGACUCAUGAGUCCGAAGCUCCUGUUCAACAGACUGAAGAUGUAUCCACGGAAGCACGAAUUUCAAAUGUUCAAGCACCGGAACAGCCGACGGAGGAUUACAAUGCUGGUGAGGUACACAUUCCACCCUCGGAGUCGAACUUGCAGGCACCUAAUUUUCCAGUCCAGGUGUCACAGGUAACGGUUGUUACGGGACCGGCUCCUGUCUCAGGCCCGUUACCCGUCGUAGCUCAACCCAUUCCACCACAUCAAGCUUCGAACCUUGAAAACGCGUAUUACGUUAACGCGCCUAGUUACGUGCCUGCGUCACAGCAAACUCAACCGACUCAGCAGGGACCGCCGCCCCCACAACAACAGCUUCAACAACAAGCAUCUCAACAACAGCAACAGGCACAGCAGCAAACUCAGCAACAACCCCAACCACCGCGUAUCAACGACGUUAUUGGAAAUCCAGAUUUCUUUUUCCUGCAAGAAUCCGAGCUCGAUUCUCCCGACGUAACGGGCCAGAACGCACCGAUAGUAUCACACAUUCCUCCCGCUGUAAAUGCACCGAUACCCUCGCAAACUUUUACGAAUCAGAGCUUUGCCGCCGCUCCGGUACAGGUCAUAUAUCCUCAUCCACCGCCGCCUCAGGAUAUGCCACACAUUCCUGGAUUUGCGAAUCCAAAUCCACCACCUCCAAUACCAAUGCCUCCCUCUCAUCAGCAACCAAAUUUGCCAUAUAGUCCUCAGCAUCCGGCUGGUUUUCAACAACCACCAAAUUCUCAGCAGUUGCAGCAGACUUACGACCCUACUGCUCAUCAGCAAGAUCCUCAACACUCGAUGGAAGAUAAGAUCGAGCAAGGGCCAGAGACUACCGGAAAUGGUGAACAGGAAUCUAACACGAACGUGGAGUGGGCGCAAAUGAACGAACAGCCACUGGACGAGUGGGGAAAAACGGAUAUACAAGAGUCUGGUCAAAUGUCACAGCAACCAUCGCAGCAAUCUCAGCAGGCCUGGGGCGAGCAACGCGGUGGUUACAGAGGUCGUGGUAGCAGACGCGGAAACAGCAAUGGUUACAAUGGUCGUGGGAGGGGAGGUUAUCAGCAGAAUGGUCGUGGUGGCGGCGGAGGUGUUCAAGGAUAUUAUCGGAACGAAACGAACAACUAUCAGAAUGGCUACCAGCAACAACGCAAUUACAAUAAUGAUGGUAAUUCCGGUUACAACGGAGGUUUCACGAAGCAAGGACGUGGAGGUGGUGGUAGCGGGUCUCGAGGUGGUUCGAGGGGUGAACGCACUGGAAUGGAACGAGGAGGUCGAGGCGGAGGGCCAUCAAUGCGCGGUGGCCAAUCGCGAAAAACACAACAAAUGCGAGACUCAAGAAUCCAUUAAAAGUGUUCGCUUCGCAUACGCGUUUGGAGCAACGUGUACACUAAUCUAUUCGAACCUAUUUUUUAUGUAUCUUUUUUUCAGUCAGUUGUCUUUUCAUCGAGUCGUUGCCGUGUAGACGGGCUUGUAACGUUUUUUCUUUUUUUUUUUUUUUUUUUUAAUUUGUAACGCAUGAUAACGCAUCGACUCGUUUGUCAUUGCCCCGCGUGGUAACUUGCGCCUAUAUUUUCAUUCAGUGCCGUCUCGGAGAAAUUCUGCGCUCGUGAGAGUGAUGAAGAGAAAGGGAAACACAAAACAAUACCAAAAUAUGUAGAAGCAGGAGGUUAAUCGAAUCGGUGUUUCGCUCGCGAGACGUGAUGAGACAACGGCAAUUUCAACGAACGCAAAAACGUUGCGUCCACAAACUAUAUUAUUAGUCUCUCGAAGUGAGACGAGAAAUAUGAUAAAUUUACGUGGAACAAGUUUAUUAUAUGAAUAUAAAAAGAAAAAGAAGGAAAAAAAGACUAACGAGUAUAGAAAAGAAGCAAAACGAAAAGAAGAAAGCGACACACCGUUUGCUGGGUACAAGUGCGAUUGGCAGAAUUCAGUGAAUGGCAAUCUGACCCCACCACGCAAGUAUUAUUGUGUUGCGACAGAAGGCAGUUUUCACAGGGCAACAACAGCUGAUCGACAAAGAUUAGAAAAAUAAUUUUAUUAUAAAAAAAACGAAAAAAAAUAUGAAAAAUCGAAAAAAAUAAUAAAAAAAAAAAAAUAUAUGAGAACUUGUACACGUCACGCAAUUUCAAUGAAGUAACACACGGACAUUUCACACGCCGGAGAAGCACAUCAAACGAAAAAAACUAAACAGUUACGGAAAGCAUUUGAGCGUAUGACGAUGGAAAAAAAAAUGAAUAAGCAGAGAACGAACGAGUAACAGAGGAGAAGGUCACGCGAUCAUUCCUUCAUCUCGCAGCGCGUUUCAAUAGAAAUGAAGAUGAAAAGAGAAGAAAUUCUACUUCGAAAAUUUCUGUUCCUAUCCCCCUGAUUUGUAUCACUAGUUUGAUUUUUUUUUUUUUUUUUUUUUUUUUUCAUUCGAUCACCGUUUCGUACGAUUUGUUCAACAGCGGUACUCGAAUUUCCAAAACGCAAUGUACAUUAUGCCAAAAUUAUUUUGCUUUUUCAUUUUUCUUUUAUGCUUUACCAUUUUUCAUUUGGAAAGAGUAUUAUAGACGCGAGAUGAUUCUCAAAAUCUCGACAAAUGUUUUUGAUCACCAAUGAAAUGAUGAACCCCGUGAUUUAUUUUUUGUUUACUGGAAAUCUUACGCUAAAGAUUUUAAUGGUUCUUUUUAAUUUUUGUUUUUUUUUCUUUAUAGUUCGUAAGUUGAUUCUAGUGUGUAUAAUCUGUAUCGAUGACUUUUCUUUCUGCGAGUAUAAUGACGAUUGAACGAGACGAUGAGUAUUGGAUUGUAUUUCGUUUGUACAUUUCUAUUGUUUGAUCACCUCUCACCCUACCUCGGGUUACGUUCGGAUUACCCCAAUUAUUACUUAUGUAUCUUCCAAAUAAAUAUCUGAUUAAACA